GUUCCUGUAAAAAAGAUUUGAGACUGUGGAUGCAGCUCCGUGGUAGACUACAUGCUUAGCAUGCAUGAGGUCUGGGUUCAACCCUCAUGGUCUUUGGAAAUAUACACAUCUAUGUAUGUGUAUAUGCAUAUGUAUAUUUACAUAUGUAGAAGACUACAUAGCUACACACACACAAUAUGUAGAGUUUGUGUUUUGUUAUUUUGAGUGUGACUUUAUUGGCAGCAAUAUAGCAAACACUGAGCCACGCAGAUCUUCCCUGAAGCAGAAGAGGGCAGAGGCUCCUUGGACACCCUCUGUGGGGUGUGACUCUGAUGCAUGCCGGAACAGUAUUGAUGAGGCCGUUUUGAGGCAAAUGAAAAGCCUCCUGGUUGAUAGAUUGUGCUGUCUCCUCCUUGUGGCGUCUGAGGUGAUCAUUGUACAGAGCUCCCAGCCUCCCUGGGUAGAGAGGGUCCUGUGUCUUCAUGGCUGCCCUACAGAAGCAUCUGUGAGUAGCUAGAGCUGCCUACCCAUCCCAGCUCCCUGGAGCUCUGGACUGGCCCCUGAAAGCCUGGCAUCUAGGGCAGAAGCAACAUCAAAGCAGGGAUUGGCCGACUCCCACCACAAAUGCCAAGCAGGCCAGGCGCGGGCAGCACUCGGGGGCGUGACAAAUCUCAGCCUGUCUCUAGCUUGUGUUCCCGGGCCAGUCUGCCUUGGGCUUUGCCACAUGAUGACGGGUCCAUCAUUCACUCAUCUUCUCCUCAUCAUUUCGGGACUUCUCUGUCACUCAGCUGGCUACUUGGCCCUUCCUGGCCUGGAUCAGAAGAAGCGGGGCAGCCACAAAGCAUGCUGCCUACUCAUGCCCCCACCGCCCCCACUCUUCCCACCGCCGUUCUUCAGAGGCAGCCGGAGCCCGCUUCUCUCCCCAGACAUGAAGAACCUUCUGGAACUUGAGGCGUCACCAUCACCCUGCAUUCAAGGCUCGCUCGGCUCUCCUGGGCCCCCUGGGCCCCAGGGUCCACCUGGGCUUCCUGGCAAGACAGGACCAAAGGGAGAAAAGGGGGACCUUGGCCGCCCAGGAAGGAAGGGUAGACCUGGACCCCCAGGUGUUCCUGGCAUGCCUGGGCCCGUUGGCUGGCCAGGCCCUGAAGGACCCAGGGGUGAAAAAGGUGACCUGGGUAUGAUGGGCCUGCCGGGGUCAAGAGGACCGAUGGGCUCUAAGGGUUUCCCUGGAUCCAGAGGGGAAAAGGGAUCCAGAGGUGAAAGGGGUGACUUGGGUCCCAAAGGAGAAAAGGGUUUCCCUGGGUUUCCUGGAAUGCUGGGGCAGAAAGGUGAAAUGGGUCCAAAGGGAGAGUCUGGGCUGGCAGGACACCGAGGCCCCACAGGAAGACCAGGAAAACGAGGCAAGCAGGGUCAGAAGGGAGACAGUGGAAUUAUGGGCCCACCAGGCAAGCCUGGGCCUUCUGGUCAACCUGGCCGUCAAGGUCCUCCAGGGCCCCCAGGCCCACCAUCUGCAGGACAACUUGUAAUGGGACUCAAAGGGGAAAGAGGAUUUCCAGGGCCUCCAGGAAGAUGCCUUUGCGGACCCCCUGUGAAUGUGAAUAACCCCUCCUACGGGGACUCCAUGUAUGGGCGUGGCUCCCCUCGAGUUCCUGCGAUUUUUGUGGUCAACAACCAGGAAGAGCUUGAGAGGCUGAACACUCAGAAUGCCAUUGCCUUUCGAAGAGACCAGCGAUCUUUGUACUUCAAAGAUAGCCUUGGCUGGCUCCCCAUCCAGCUCACCCCUUUCUACCCUGUGGGUUACACCGUGAAGCAGCCUGGCACCUGCGGGGAUGGAGUCCUGCAGCCUGGGGAAGAGUGUGAUGAUGGUAAUCCCGAUGUGAGUGAUGGCUGCAUCGACUGUCAUCGGGCCUACUGUGGAGACGGUUACCGGCACCAGGGCGUGGAGGACUGUGACGGCUCUGACUUUGGCUACCUGACAUGCGAGACCUAUCUCCCUGGAUCAUACGGAGACCUUCGGUGCACCCAGUACUGCUCCAUCGACUCCACACCCUGCCGCUACUUCACGUGAGAGGCUGCAGGAACAGGUGGGCUGCCGCCCAUGGAACCGGUGGCUGUUUCUCUACCCUUCACAUCAAGCUGGCCUUGCCCUCUCCCGGGACAGUGCCUGUUAACCUUCAUGUGACAAAACAAGGAUAUAUUCUUGCUGCUACGACAUGCUUUUGACUCAGUAUGACUGGAAGAGUUUUGGACCACUGAAUCCUGUCUUAAUUAAAAGAACCAGAAACCUUCUAUAUGCCCACCCUGGAAACUGUUCCCCCUCCCCGAAUCUGGCUAAACAGCUGGCUGUAAUGCCUUAUCUCUUCUGGAAAGACGCUGGCUCAGACCGUGGAUUUGGCUUAGCACUGUUAAGCAUACAGGUAUCUACAGGCCUGGUGUGGUUUGUUCUGGUCUCAUUCAGGUUUAGGGGUGCUCCUGCACAGGCUUCUGCACCUCCAAGCACAGCUGAUCUGAUCCAAGGCUGUUGGGCCUCUCAAGAUUUGAGAACCACAAAGCAGGAGGUGAGCAUAUUCUCUUGGUGCAGCUCCCAGCUUCAGACCUGCUGAGGGACCCUUCAACUGGCCAGAGCCUGGAUCAAUUUCAUGUUGAUCAGUCAGAGGAACUGAGAAAGCCACUAGAUCCAAGCUUAGUCCCAAGAAGAGGGUGAAGACUCGGCUGAGUCACUUGUGUGUGACCCCUACCAGAACAGAGACUUUCCUCCUCUUGAAGUUCUCUGAGGGGCGCCAUCUUGACCUUGUGGUUCUCUCUGCAUCUUGACCUCUGUCUUGACAGUGCCCUCCACAACUGUGUCCUGUGUGGGAGACUCACCCCACACGCCCUCCCCAGGGCACGUGCUGGUGUUUCCUCACGCUGGUUUCUCUGGUUUGGGGCUCCACGGCCAAGUCCUUGUUGGCUGAGGGCAGGACCUUGUAACCCUCUUCCAUGCACAACUUGCACACCCCCUGUUCCCUCACUGUGUGCCCAACCUCUUCCUUUUUCCUGGGAUUCUUUAUCCUAAACCCUGCAUAUCUGAGAACCGCCUUUCUCAUAUUUCCUGAAUGGGGUUUGACUCUAUUUGGGGAAAACAUUGCUUUUGGUCCCCCUCCCCAAUAUGCACACCUGCCUUUGCCACUACAUAGGCUGCCUCUGGGCUGUUGGAAGCUCUUCAGUGAGCCUAAGUCUUGGGAACUCAGCAGGCGGCACCUUCUCACACAGCAAGUCCGAGCUGUGAACUGUAGUUCGUGAGAGAAAUCAGCCUGAGGCUGUCUUCACAGGCAGACAUCUAUCCUGCUUCCUCUUCCGGGGCUUCUGGGUGGGCAAACAAGGAAUAAAGGUGAUUCUUGGCUGUGGCCCACUCUC